UAUAACACGGUAUAUGGAAUUCGUAACUGAAACAUUUCCCUGAUCUAUAGUUUCUGGUAUAGUAGUAGUGCACUGACUCUUCUCCAGUAAAAUUGACCUUGAAAAAUGCGGCGUCGCGUGCCUUUGGUUGCGGCGCCGGUUGGCGUCCUUGCUGUCACACCUGUGGAAAAGGUGGUCCAACUCCUUAGCCAGAUGAAAGCAACUGGCAUAGAGGAGCGCAACUCAGAACAAGUAGAGGCAUCAGCAUUCGCACAGCAUUGUGUGGGUAGCAUCCAGAAUCUGGAAGAGGAUGUGGUGGAAACCAAGGAGAAUUAUGAGACGGAAUCGGUAAAAGAUUGGUUCAACAAUGAAGCGAACGCUGCGUUCCUUAGUACACCUACCGCGGUUAGAAAAGAAAUAUUUUGUGAACACCUACCCGCGAGGAAAAAUUGUUGAAAUGGAACCAGGACCAUGACUCAAUUCCACGAUUGGUGGUUGCACAAAAAAUCACGGCAAAAUCAUAUUCACGCUCAGCAUGCAUUGAUUUCCGAUACAGAACCUACACACCACGCGCUUCCUCUAAGUAAAAAUUGAGGAGCAGGAAGCAAUAAUCGCAAAAUCUGCGUCAACCAUUGCUACUCUGGAGGACGAAAUAGCAGUCCUCGAAGAAGAAAUCGCGAACGACAAAGCAGAUGCAAAGGCUGCAAGGGAAGUCCGGGAACUAGAUUAUGGCGGAAUGUUUUUUUCUGUCGCUAUUUCAUAAGAAUACCAACAACUUAUAGCAACUUUUUUGUUUUGAACCACCAGCUUCUAAUCACAUUUUUGUUUUGAACCACCAUUGUAAGAAUGAGCCUCUUCAUCUUUGAGAUUACACUGAGUUCCUUCAGAUUCUAAGGUCCACAUGCUUAAUUUGUGACUUCUCUUGUGGUGGUUGGGGUUCUUGACCGAGAAUUAAUCUUUUUUGCUCAACGGGUAGGUCUCACCUCUGUGAAUAAAUUGACCUGGUUUAUUUGCUUCUUCUAAUUACCGAAGUCCGACUUCCAGGCUGCAAAUAAGGAUUAUUCAGAAUCACUGGAUGCUCUUUCAAGAGCAAUCGAAACGCUCAAGUCUGAAAGCGUAACGAAUAGUGCAGCGGAGACGCUGUUUGUGCAGUUGAAGGCGGCUAGGUAAGGAUUUAGAUUUUUUAGAUUUGGUUCAGUCAUAUUUUUUUGAUUUGGGUUUGCGAAAAAGUGUUGAGCCUGCGUUCCCCGACUCAAACUAAGACGUUAUCCACGCCUCAUCAAAGAGAGAGAUUCGGUUCAUACCCGUAUAACGAUCCACCGUCUACACCAUAUAACACAGUUCCAUGCGAGCCACAACUACGACUUUGGAGCGGUUCCUUGCAACGGCACCGCAGGGAAAGGCAUAUGGCUAUCAGAGCGCUAUGGGUGGAGUUAUUGACAUGUUGACCGAAUUACAAUCUAAAUUUGACAAGGAACGACAAGAUCUUGUUAGCAAGGAGACUGAAGCACAACAUGCUUAUGAUCUCUUAGCGGAGGAGAAGGCAACCAGUAACAAGAAUGACGCAGCAACGAUCGCAAGAAAAGAUGCGGCGAAAGGUGAGUUUCGAUAUGACGCUGAUGAGUUGAUUUAGAUUUUUUUUGUUGAAAGAAAUUUAUGUAUGUCCCUGGUGGGUCCUAAAUUCAUAUCCAGAGACUCUUUCUCCCUCAGGUAAGGCCGGCGCCAAGAAGGGCGCAGCCGAGGGCGAGAAAGCAGACUUAGUUGCGGACUUAGGUGACACCAAGACGACUUUGAAGGACACAAAGGCAGACUGCAAAUUGAACAACGCGUUGUACACAAAGCAGGACGAUCUGCGUGCUGGAGAGAUUGAUGCGCUCACCCAGGCCAUCGAAAUUAUGUCUAGCGGCACUGUCGCAGGCGCUGAAGCCGAGCACGUCAGCCUGUCUCAAAGCAGCUUCUUGCAGCUUGGCGCGGGGAUCACUUCGUCUAAUGGUAGAAAUAGAGAUUUGGAUUUUUUAGAUUUCGGAUCACUUAAAAAGACGGGAAGUAGAUUCAAAUACGUUGAUUGGAUUUCGCAACUGAGAAAAUCAUUCUCUUUGCCAACCACAGAUGCCCAACAAGGCGAGACUCGUGAGCGAGUUAUGCAGAUCCUUCUCCAGGGAGCAGAGAAGAACAAGAGCAGAAUUUUGAGUUUAGUUGCGGCUCGUGUUGAGGCUAGCCCGUUUAAGAAAGUUCUCAAGAUGAUCUUCGAUAUGAUCUCCAAGUUGCAGAAGCAAUGUACAACUCUUUUUGGAUUGUGAUUAAAACGACUAUUUUAUUAGAGUUACACGAUUCUCCUGCUGUGCGUUACGGAAACUCUAAAUAUUCUGAAGACCUACUACAUCUUGUUGUACCCGUAUCUGCACCUCAACCAACAUACAGCUGCCGAAGAAGCCGAGGCCCACGGUUGGUGCCAGGGCAAGUUGUCUAGCUCCAAGAUGGAGCUGGAUAGCAAAAACGAAGAAGUCGAGGAUUUGACCGGGCAAUCUGAAGCUCUUACGGCCAAGAUUGGCUCUCUCACUGAACUGGUUUCGAAAUUGGAAGCCGAGAUCAAGUUUCUGACGCAGGAUCGUGCCACAGCCACCAAGACUCGUGCUACGCAAAAAGCCGAGAACGAAAAAAAGAUCAAGGAGAGCAGUGAAGCUGAAGCGGCAGUAGCCAACGCUAUCGGCAUUUUGAAGGAGUUUUAUGCUGGAGGAGCCAAGAGCGCUGCAGAGGACGAAGGAAAAGAAACGGCGACUGAGGUGUACGGAGGACAACAAGGUACUUGACUGAAUGUCAGGACCUUGUCUCUUUAGGUUUUUUAGGAAGUCACUUUCGAUGAAGGACACAGAAGUGUACACUCUAGAAAAAGAAAACCACUGUGCAUGUGAAAGUAUCAACAUAUCAGCAUCGUAGUGCAUCUACCCUCAUUUUAUUCCCCAACAUUUCAUGACAGCUCAAGCUGGGGGCGUCGUGAAUAUCAUGGAAGUGAUUGAAGCGGAUUUUGCUCGUGUCGUCGCUGAGACCACUGAGGCGGAGUCGUCGCAGGCUGCUGACUAUAAGAAGCUGAUGAACAGUUCUGAAGUGACUGUUGCCGUCAAGAAGACUGAAAAGGCGCACAACUCCAAGCUCCUGACGCAGGCCAAAAAGGACUCAUCGGCAGUCGGCGAGCAAUUGAAAUUGAUGACCGAGGCAAGGGAUGGAGCACAAGUUAUGGCUUGUGAAGUUUCGGUCACCAAGAGUAGAGAACAAGAACUUGUUGAACUAGAAAAUUGCUUUGUUUUUUCUAAAUUUUAUGAGUCCAGUACUCCCACCUUCCCAUUUCUAAGACCAAGCAACACGACGGAUUCAAGAAGCAGUGCUCUGACGGAUUGUCCUUCGAGGAACGUAUGGAAGCCAGAAAAGCGGAGAUUCAAUCCCUCAAGGAAGCCUUGGAGGUGCUGAAGAGCAGUGGGGUGUAG